CGUAUGAAAUGAAACUACUACUAGUGCAUGUUUCCCAUUCACUUCUUUUUGCUUUCACCCCCUUCAAACUACCCCCCUUGCUUUGCUUCUCCCAAGCCCCUCUCUCUCUCUCUCUCUCCCCCAUCUCUUCUCUCUCGGCCCUCUUCUCUCUACUUCAUGCAUGAACUCCUAGAUCUUUCAAAUUAAUACUCACUCCAAAUCCAACAUAAAUAUUUACAAAUGGCUAAUUCCAUGAAUAAUUGUCUGGGCUUCUCUCUCUCCUCAGAUGAACACUUUCAGCAGCACCCUUGUCAAGAUUUCAACUCCGAUCAAAUUUCUGGCACCAACAUCUCCACUACCGACUGUUUCGACGGUGGCUCUACUCUUCCCUCUCUCAACCUCCCUGCACCCCCUUUUGGCUUGCUUGAAUCGUUCAACACCAACAAUGCUCUCCAAGAGUGGAACUCAGGCACAAACUACAAACAAAGCAGUAGCUCAGAGCUCUCAAUGAUAAUGGGCAGUAGUUCAUGUCAUAGUCAUCAUUCCGGCCCAAAACUUGAAAACUUUUUUGGUCACUCUUACCAAGAUCAUCAAAAUGAUCACCAACAGCAUAAUGAUCACGCUCACCACUACAUGUUUCAGAACUGCUCUACUCAGCUUCAGGCUGAGGCAGUGGCUGCACCAUUAAGCACUGACAAUGAUAAGACCAUUGGGCUCUCUAUGAUCAAGAACUGGCUGAGGAGCAACUCGAAUCCAUCGGACAACAUCAAUGUCAGUCAGAGUAAUGGGGAUUUGGUUAUGGCAAGUGGUAAUGGAACCCUAACCACCGGGGCUCAGACACUGUCACUUUCGAUGAGCACCGGCUCGAUGGCUGGUGCUAGUAGUGGUGGUGGUGGUGAAAUUUUGUCGUCGGAUAAUAAAAGACAAAUGGAAGGAAGUAAUAGUCAGAAUGGUGUAGUAGAGGCAGUGGUGCCAAGGAAAUCUAUCGAUACAUUUGGACAAAGAACUUCUAUCUACCGUGGUGUAACAAGACAUAGAUGGACAGGAAGAUAUGAGGCGCAUUUGUGGGACAAUAGCUGUAGAAGAGAAGGACAAACUCGUAAAGGGAGACAAGUUUAUUUGGGAGGUUAUGACAAGGAAGAUAAAGCUGCUAGGGCUUAUGAUUUAGCUGCACUCAAGUACUGGGGUACCACCACCACUACAAAUUUCCCUAUUACCACAUAUGAGAAAGAGGUGGAUGAUAUGAAGCACAUGACCAGGCAGGAGUUUAUUGCAUCCCUGAGAAGAAAAAGCAGUGGGUUUUCUCGUGGUGCAUCCAUUUACCGUGGAGUGACCAGGCACCACCAACAUGGAAGGUGGCAAGCAAGGAUCGGAAGGGUUGCUGGAAACAAGGAUCUUUACUUGGGAACCUUUAGCACCCAGGAAGAAGCAGCAGAAGCCUAUGACAUUGCUGCUAUCAAGUUCCGUGGCCUCAAUGCAGUGACAAACUUUGAAAUAAACAGAUACGAUGUCAAGAACAUUCUUGAGAGUAGCACAUUGCCCAUUGGUGGUGCAGCGAAGCGUCUAAAGGAGGCUGAACAAGCUCAAAUGACACUAGAAGCUCUAAGGACCGAAGAUAGUAGUAGCCUCACUUCACACCUAACAAACGGAAUGCAAACUUAUGGUUCACACCAUAAUAACUGGCCAACUAUAGCUUUCCAACAAGCAAAAUCUCCAAUAGCUAUGCACUACCCUUAUGGUGAUCACCAAAGGCUUUGGUGUAAACAAGAAGUACCUGAUGUCGAUUCUUCCUCCCAAAGCUAUCAAGGAUUUCACCAACUUCAGCUAGGGAGCAGUAACCACAACUUUUUUCAACCAUCCGUGUUGCAUAAUCUCAUGAACUUGGAUUCUUCUUCCAUGGAACAUAGUUCAGGUUCCAAUAAUGCUGUCAUGUACGGCAAUGGAACUGGUUAUGGGAUACCAAUGGGCACAAUUAUUCCUCAAGAGGCACAUCAUCCUCAUUUGGGAUUGGGAGAAAGCAGUGAAGGAACCUACGAUAACCCCUAUGGGGCAACGGAUCCUUAUAGUUCAAGAAGUUUGUAUUAUCUUUCUCAACACUCAGAAAAUGGAGGUAGUGUGAAAGAAACAAGUGUUUACGACCAAGGCUCAGCUUGUAACAACUGGAUUCCCACUGCAGUACCAACCGCACUUGUUCAGAAGACGAAUAGCCUGGGGAAUUGUCACGGAGCUGGAUCCUUCACUGCAUGGAAUGAUACAUGAGAUCCCCAGCCAUGGCGGUAGCCUAGUUUUUCAGAACCUUCCUUCACUGCAUGGCACUAAUAUGACAACAUGGUAUACAGAACUAAUUUCCUAAUUCUGAUCAUUAAUUUUCCCGGGGUAGCUUAGUUUUUCGCUGAUUAAUUAACUUCAUGCCAGCACAGUGCAUGAAGAUUUGGUAAGAAUCUAACUCAAAGUUCAGUAUAUAGCAGGUGGGAGUGACUUUACACUCUCUGUUGCUAUAAAUUUUGGGAACUUUAGAAUAUUAGUCUUCGGCCAGCAGCACACCAUCCUUUGUAUUUUGAACAAUAUAUAUCGUACAAAGUGCGGAGGAUUUUAAGUUUAUGACAAUUCUUAUUGGUCAA